CAAGAUGGCAGAGGCCUGUGAAGCACCAGAUUCCUUAUCCUGCUCCAUAUGCUUGGAUGUGUUGAAGAAGCCUGUGACUCUCCACUGUGGCCACAGCUACUGUAAGGACUGUGUGAACGGCUACUGGGACCAGGAGGAGCAGACCGGGGUGUACAGCUGCCCCCAGUGCAGACAACUCUUUACUCCAAGACCUCUGCUGAGCAAGAGCACAGUGCUGGCUGAUCUGAUGGUAAAAAUGUCUGUGGCAGGACAGCCCACCCCUCCUGUGAAGGAUGAAGGGGAUGUGGAGUGUGAUUUCUGCACCGUGAGGAAGCUCAAAGCUGUCAAGUCUUGCCUGGUGUGUUUGGCCUCUUACUGUGCCACCCACUUGCAGCCUCACUAUGAGUCUGCCGCUUUCAAAAGGCACAAGCUGGUGGAAGUGUCAGCCUCCAUACAGGAGAAGAUCUGCUCCAAGCACGACAAGCUGCUCGAAGUCUAUUGUCGCAGUGAUGACCAGUGCAUUUGUCUGCUGUGCGUGAUGGAUGAGCACAAAGGCCAUGACACUGUCUCGGCUGCAGCAGAGAGGAAAGAGAAACAAAAACACUUUGGAAAGAAAAAGCAAAAAUAUCAGCAAGCAACGCAAGAAAAAGAGAAGCAGCUGCGGCAGAUGAAACAGAAAAUGAAAGCCCUGCAGUAUUCUAGAGAUGAAGCAUUCGAUGAAAACGAGAAGGCCUACGCUGAAAUAGUCCUGAUGGCAGACAAAAGGCGUUGUGCCAUGAAGGAGCUGAUUAGAGAUCAGGAGAAGGCCGUGACGAGCCGAGCUGAGGCCCUCGUGGACCGGCUGGAGACGGAGAUCGCUGAUCUGAGGAAGGGGGAGGAUGAGCUGAAGCAGCUGUCGCUCACUGAGGAUCACAUUCACUUCUUGCAGCGCUACCAGAGCAUUUUUGGCCGCACAGGACCUGACGUGUCCUCUGAUUACAACAUCCAGCUGCACACAUCUUUUGACUUUGUGGCAAAGGCUGUUUCUGACUUGAGAGACAAAAUGGAAACUAUGGCGAAAGCUUUUGCAGAGAUAUCUAAGACAAUUGAAGUCGAUUCCGAUCCAAAGACCAGACAGGAGUUUUCCAUCUAUUUCCGCUGCCUCCGUUUGGAUCCCAACACGGCAUUUGAGAACCUGUUGCUCUCUGAGGGGAACAGCAAGGUGACCUGGAUUAAAAAAGCCCAGAAGCAGCCGUGCCACCCAGAGAGAUUCACCAAAUACGAUCAAGUGUUGUGCACCGAGGGUUUGUCUGGCGUCAGCUACUGGGAGGUCGAAUGGAAAGGGUCCAGGGUCGAGGUGGCCGUGUGCUAUAAAGGAAAGGAGCUGGAUGAAAGUGGCUUUGGAUUCAGUAACCAGUCUUGGUGCAUUUCCCUUUCAAAUUCUCUUUGCACCUUUUGGCACAACGGAGUCUCGACCAAAAUAUCCGUCCUCAGUUCUCCGACUGUGGGAGUGUAUCUGAACCACAAGGCAGGGAGCCUGUCCUUCUACAGCGUGGUGCCAGAUUCUGGUCAAAUGAAGCUGCUUCACAGAGUAAAGACCACGUUCUCACAGCCGCUGUACCCCGGGUUCAUGGUCUCCAAGGGAGCCUCAGUUAGGCUAGUGAAACCAAAGCAAAGCGCAUCAGCUGUUGAAGGAAACCCUCAGUGAUGCAUUCAGUUUUCUUUCUUUGUCUGUGCGUGAUGUUGAGCUCACGCUGAAAGCGCUGUCUGCAGAUUUGCAGUUACAGCUUGGUUGCAUCCUAAAAAAUAUUCUUUUUUUCCCCUUUCUUUUUGCAAGGUUGAAAACAUAAAUGUAAGCUGACAAACCUCUUAUAUUUUACACAAGUCAGAUUUCUGUUGCAUUUGCAUGUUUGCUGCUGUCAGUAAGAGGUUGAGUUCCGUUAAAUGUCUGUUUCUAUCUACAACAUAUAAUGCUGCAAGCACACAGAGUUCUUACACAAUUGUACGCAUUUAGAAAGGAUGUUAAUAAUAGAUAGCAUUAACAAGUGUUUUUUUUCUCAUCAAUGAGUGUUGCUACAAACUUUUAGUCAGUACAGACUUAAAGAUACUGAAAGCCGUGUGAUUUGUUUUUACUUCUAACCGCUGUGUAAUUGUAUGUAUUCCACAACCUUAGUUUAUUGUUUAUUGUAUUGUGUUCUGGCAAAACAAUUUCCUCCUUGAUGAUUAAAGUUAUCUUAUCAUCUUUCAUAAGUGUG